AUGGCACAGAACGGAGGCGAGGCAGAGCUUCGGGCCUGGUAUCAAGCCAUUUCGCCACUGCGCGUCGACCUUGUCGGAGAUUUUGCUGGCAAGGAGCUGUUUGCCAUCCAUGGCGAUUCUCUCUUGCUUCAUUGUCUCACCGAAGCGAGGGUCGACUUCACCAACGGAUUCCAGCUUCUCCACGCCAUUCAUGCAGUCGAGAGCUUCUUAGCCCGUCUAGAGCAACGUGGAUGCAACUUCCACAUCCUCUGGUUUCGCGAUCACGAGCACCUGUGCGUCCCUGAGGGUGUUUCUGGGGAUGCCGCGUCCAACUGCCUUCGUCUGUCGCGCAUCAUCCUGAUCAAGCACCUGGAGCACUACGCCCAAUACUCUCGCAAGCCGGCUGGCGACCCGCUCGUGUUUGAAUACGACAAUGUCGACAGUAAUGCGUUCCAGCAGUACCUCGCUCAGAAUGCCGUGCAAUUCUUUCUGUGUCUCGACGGCUGCGCCCUGGAUGGAUGCGCGUCACCUACCGGUGUCCAGUAUCUCGAGUUCAUUCACCACAUUGCCUUUCACGGCUACAGCGUCGCUCUUAUGAACAGCCUCGAUUUUGUGAGCUCCAAGGUUCUGGUAUCGGCCUUUUCACCCUCUUCCUGUGGCAACGAGAUUCGAAUUGAAAAACCCCGACCGAGUCCAAGGACACAAAUCCUGGCCGUCUCCGAACUUGAGCUUGACCUGGGGCUCGAGCCUGGAAGCUGGUCCCCUUGGGCCGAUGGGAAGCCGCUCUCGGUCAAGGACGCAAUCUCCUUCACUGCUCUCUGCAACAUGCUCUUGGUUAACUCCAAAAGGGGCAUCAGAGCUUGCGCCGCCGCCUACGUCCUUCACCUCUCUGCCCUGCGACACUGCAGUCUCUCGCAGAGGUCCUGCAUGGUGACGACUCUCGACACGCAUGAGCAAGAAUGUCUCGACGAUUUCUUUGCAUUCUUCGCCGACAUCUGCAUCAGCAUCGUCGAGAGCCUUCCAAUCCAGCAGAGAUGGGAUGCCUUCGAUCUUCUAGACGGUCGAGUCAUGCGGCAAAUUUUCAAGAACUUGGGAUCCCUUGCGCCAUCUCCGGGCAUAGUCGGCGAGGCACGUAGCUUCGCAGAGCGAAUCUAUCUCCUAACCCAGGUUGACAUCUCCGACUUGAUCCCACCAAGCUCUGUCGAUAAAGCAGCCGAGACAACGAGCCGAGCUUUCAUUCAGUCGGAGAACGGGUCAAACUCGCAUGUCAUGCCUUUCACUCACCCCGUCCUCGACAAAUUCCUAGAGCCUGUUCGUCUCGUCACCGAAGACUCGGUGAAGCCUACCGGAAAUCCAAAGGUAUUCCAGGAACUUUCUCACUGGCACAACGCAAAGACUCCCAUCGAUCCUAAACAUGAACAUCGAAGACCCCCAGGUUUCUUCGCCCAGAGAAGAAACCAGAGAUGGAUGGCCGAUAUGAUUGCAUACUCGGCCAGUUUGACAAAUGCGUCGGGCAAAAUUAUUAACCCGGAGACCAUUGUGGCUCGUUCUGACGCAGACACCAUUCCCGUCAAGCCUGGCAAAAAGGCACGCUCCGGGGAGGAAAAGUUACCAAAACAGGCGGCUCACCAGCCCCGGGCCAGGAACAAAAAUCAUCCUGUCAAGGGCGGUCGAGAAAGCGCCGGGCAGAAGCUCAGAGAGAACCUGAUCAAGCGCUUCCUCAAGGCCGACAAGUAUCUCGCUUGUUUAUCCAAGGAAGAUACAGCCAUCAUCGGAGCCGAAGUGACCCUGUAUACCUGCAAUAUUCUCGCGUCACUGAUUCUCGACGAGAAACGAAGAGGCGCUGGGCCAUCUGUGAUGAGUUUGUUUGCCAUGAUGUGGUCGAGGACACUCGAGAUUGGCCUUAGAAAGGUUUUAGAUGCCAUCGAUGCCGACAAAAGCCUCCUCGUCGUCGCGCCUACUUCGGCUGGAAAGACUUUCAUCUCGUUUUACGCAAUGAAAAGGUCCUGCAAUCGAGCGACGACGGCAUUCUGUGCGCGGUUCUCCAAGUCGUACACGAAUAAUGGCAGGUCGGUCUGGGCUAUCCAUACGAGGGAUUACCGCAUAAACAACCCAACCGGCUGUCAAAUCCUCGUCACCGUCCCGCACAUUCUGCAGAUCAUGCUCCUGGCGCCGUCCAACGCAGAGGGCCACGUCGUGGUCCCGAAGGGCGUCGAGUUGGAGAUGAUUGUGCACUCCUUGCGCUAUUCGGACCUACGCAAGUUUACUUACAGUCCGCCUAACGAGAACUACAUCUUUAGGGGGCUUAUGGCCGCCGAGGGACUCCAGAUUCCGGGACUGGACGAAGGAGAUGGGGGACCGUCGCCCUUCUCAUUUAUCCACCCCGUCGUGGGCCUUGUCAAUCGCAACCGCGGAACUCUUGAGGAUAUUACUCUUGAACCGAGGGACUGUCUUGCUUUGUGGCGAUGCAUGUCAAAGCACCAGACGACAAGCUAUCCAAUGGACGAGGCCCUAUCUCCCUUACGUGUCUUUCCAGCCAUUGCGAAAAAGCCAGAUGUUGUCAGAUGGGAAGAGGGUCUGAAAAGGAUCCUGGAGGCAUGGAUGCAAGAUCCCCGAUCACCGUUCUCUGCUGUGCGAAGCGAACUUGGGUCGGCCUUCUUGGAGCCGGACUCACCUUCUCCAGAUGGGGCGUCAGUCGACUCAAGCAGUUUUGGCGUCAACUUCGAGGUCAAGAAGAACAUUCUUGACUCGACAGCGCUGCCGCUUUUGACCGACCUUCACCGCCGUGGUGCGCUUCCGGCAAUUCUCUUCAAUUACGAUCGAGAUCACUUCCAGAAUGGAAGAAAGCUUGCCGAAUAUGAGAAAUGGAAGAAGGCAAACUCGCAGGCGAAUCGGGGUAAGGACAAGACGAACAGUGCUGCCAAGGGCCGUUCUCGAGACGAACCUGAGCUUUCUAAAAUCGAUUUGAUUCGUGAGUCGAGCACAGAAGCCAGCAGGUGGGAGAGCUUUGAUCCGGAAGCACCACUUGACUUAUUCUCAUUUGCGAAUCGGACGAGUCUGCUUGACUCUGAGCUUGCGACCUUGGUCGGACGCCUCAGAGACGCAAACUUGGACCCCGGAAUCAUCAGCGCUCUUCGACGCGGCAUCGCCGUGCACCAUGCGGGCAUGAACCGAGGAUAUCGGCAAACGGUUGAAAUGCUCUUCCGCAAAGGAUUCUUAACAGUCGUCAUUGCAACCGGAACAUUAGCCUUGGGGCUCAACAUGCCGUGUAAGACGGUUGUCUUCUUCGGCGACUCGAUCUUUCUGACCGCGCUCAACUAUCUCCAAGGAGCCGGGCGAGCUGGUCGCCGUGGCUUUGACCUUCUCGGAAACGUCGUUUUUACUGGGAUGCCACCUAAGCGAACACGCUUAUACCUAGGUGGGCCGUCGGACCAGAUGGCAAUUCAGCACCACCUGCGAUUUUCAAUUGAGUAUCUCCGACGACAGCACCUCCUGUCUCGCGACGGCACCCCUCUCAACUUUUCUGGCCUGGUUGGCCACCUCUACUUCACUGAAAAUGCCGUCUUUGCGUUCCACUCCCUGUUGAAGGAGGGUUAUUUCCAUCAGAUCUGCAGAGCUAUUUAUAGCAAUCCUGAGGGCGUUCUCCUCAAACUGGUGCUUGUUCUGGCACACUUAUUCUGCCGGAUACCAGUUCGCAACAGUAGCGAUGAAUGGAUUGCCAGCAUCGUCCACAAAUCCCCUUCAGUUGUUCUGCUGCCAUCGUUGCCGGGCGAGGCGGAAGAGCUUCUCCGUGACCAUAAUCGAGAAACCCUCGAAAUUUUCCGAGCAUACGUCAGCACCUUUGUCGAGCAGCACCUCAGUGGAUCGCCGGACACGCAGCUCCCUUUCACCGGUUACGAGAUCCAGCAGCAGCAACACGAGCAAGAUGCGCCCUCGAUAAUACAAAGCCUGCCACCGACGAAGAUUCGAUCGUCGUUCGCCGCGCUCUCGGGCUUUACGGAUGACUUCAACACGAUCCAUGAGCUCUGUACAACAGUCCGCAGCGGCGUGUUUCUCGAGGAGUCGGCAAUACCGUACAUUCGCAUUUUUCCCGACGAUACCGCAGGUGUCCCAUGGAACGCCUACCUCUAUGACUUCUUCAAGCACGGCGAUCUGACAGCGUUGGUGCGAGACAACGGCAUCAAGCGCGGCGAUGUUUGCCUCACCAACUUUUUAAGUCUCGAUCCAGCUGUCGACGAUGCCAUGAUGGUGGAUGUGCAAGGCAUCGACGACAUCAUCCAGGAGGACCAUGACGAGUUACAUAGCUCAACGCCUGGCAAUACGGCGAGCAACGCAGUCCCGGACCCGGCCCCCUCUGUCACGGAAGAGUUUGACGAAAAGUUCCGGAAGGUGUGGGCAUGA